AUGUUCGCGGCCAAACCCAAACGUUCCCAGCGCGGCGUCGUUUCAUCCACAACCUCCAACUCCAACAAGCUAUUGAGACUACCGCACGUCUUCGCCAAAAUUCUAGAGCUUCCUUUUCCCUCAGACGCCGACGUUUUCGUGGAGGAGACAAAACACUGUUUCCGCUUCGUGGCGGCGUGCAGCGGCGGCGGUGUGCGAGCUCAGGCCGUCGAGAUUCUCCCGGGGAUAACCAAAAUCGUGAUCAAGAGAAUGGACGGUGGUGAUGUCGCGGUGGAGGGUCAGCAGCAGCAGCAGCAGCAUGUUUCUCUAGGGCUUGGUCUCUGGCGGUUCCGGCUCCCGCCGUGCUCUCAACCGGAGAUGGUAAGCGCCGUUUGCAGCGGCGGGAAGAUGGUGGUGACGGUGCCGAAGAGCAAGAGCAGAUGA